UUUUGAGUUUGAAAAUUAUGAGAGGCAAUCUUGAAAAUUUAUUAUAUAUAGGAUGACGAUAAAAUGAAAAAGGUGACGAUAUUUAAUAAUACCAGUUAUUAAAAGAUUCAAGGUCUUGUCAAUUUAAGACCAACUCUUCUACCAUCCUCCCUUGCCCUUCCUUCUCUCUCUUUGACCACACUAGUGUUUUCUUCUUUCCUCUCGACUCUCCAUUCCCCUUAUUUAAACAUCAAACAAUAUCCAUGGCCAGAAAAAGCUCAAAGCUCUCCUACCAUGGAAGCCCCCAUCAUAAUCAAGACAAAGAUCAUGAUCAAAAUAAUAAUAACCAACAACAAUUGAUACCAGGUCUCCCAGAUCACAUCUCUCAUCUAAUCCUUUCAAAAAUCCCACCAUUAAAGCUAUACUCCAUCUGUCAUCCAUGGCGGAACUUCAUCUAUUCUUUGAUUUUCCCUCCAUUUUACUCUCUUUACGCUGUUCUUACUCCUGAUAAUUUAAUCACUAAUUCAUCUUCAAAUUUUCAUCAACAAUUUCUUACUCCAAUCUCUUUCUUCAUUUUCGAUCCAAUUUCAUCUCGAUGGGCACCUCUUCCUCCUCCGCCGCCGUUCUCUCUCCUCGUUCGCUACCCAUCGUUCAUCUCUCGUGACCUUCCCGUUCAAUCCGUCACAGUUGGCGACAAACUUGCAGUCGUUGCUGGAACUACCCAACAUCUAGCCCCAGCUGUACCAAAACCACUUGUUUUCGACCCGAUUACGCACGGUUGGGAUUACGGCCCGCGUGUACCCGUACCCAGAAGGUGGUGUGCAACCGGGUCAUCAUCCGGGUCUUUAUACAUAGCAAGCGGGGUUGGGUCCCAUUUCUCCUCAACCACCGCAAGAUCUGUAGAAAGAUGGGACCCAUCUAAACCCAACGGCCCAAAAUGGGAGAAACUCACUCCAUUAAAGGACGGUCGUUUCUCACGAGAAGCUUCUGAAGCGGUAGGAUUACGAGGCCAGCUGUAUUUGGUGAAUGUUAAAGGGAAUGCAGCCAAACAAGGCGCAGUUUACAGCUUAAAGAAAAAUACAUGGAAAGAUAUGAAAGAAGGGAUGGUGGCAGGGUGGCGGGGCCCGGCGGCGUCAAUGGCGGAGGAAGUUAUGUAUAUGGUGGAUGAGUCUAAGGGGACUUUGAAGAUGUAUAAUGAGGAGAAAGAUGAAUGGGUUAAUGUGAUGGAAAGUGAUAAGCUACGUGGGGCCCAACAAAUGGCGGCCCGAGGUGGGAGGCUUUGUGUUGUUUGUAACGGUGGAAGUGAGAUUGUGGUGGUGGAUGUUGUGGCGACGCCGCCGAGAUUGUGGGCGGUGGAACCUCCUAAAGGGUUUAAUGUGGCUGCUGUUCAUAUUUUGCCUAGGAUGAGUAGGGUCCACUCUGGUUUGAAUACUUGAAUGUUUAUAGUAGGGCGAAAAAGGACCAUUUGAGAAAGAGUAUUUAACAAUGGGAAUUAUUAUUUGUCGCCACCUUUUUCAUUUUAUCGCCACCCCCUUCUAACAAAAUUACCAUAUUAUCCCUAGAUUAAAAAAAAUUACAAAAAUGCCACUUAAGUUAAAAAAUGUUUAAGAAAUGUAAAUGGCACUUAAUAACAUUGUUAUCGCUUAAUGACAUUAUUAUCGGAAUUAUAUAUAUAUUGAAUUUUCAGAGGCUUUAUGGUAGUAUAUUCGAAUUCAAACACGAUACCUUCUCUCUAAAAACUCUCUAAAAACAAUACGUAAAGUUAAACAAGCUAGAACUCUAGAUCGAACAUCAAUGGCAUACCAAGACGUGCAUGAUAACGAUCCGGACUUUGAAAAUUUAGGAGAUAAUAUAGAUUAUUCUGAUAGAUUUGUUACCGAUAGAGAAUUUGAUUCUGUAGAUGAUUUACAUACUUGGGCUAAUGAGAUAGCACUAACAAUUGGAUUUCAAUUUACACGUGCUUCAUA